UAUAAAUUAAUCUUUGACACACCCACCCACUUGGAACAAAGCAGCACAGGGUCUUAAUCUUUUAAACUUUCUCUGGAAGUAUGUCUGAAACAGAAGGACAGGAAGAGCAGUCUACCACUGGAGGAGGAGAGGAGAGCAGUAGUGGUGGGCCAGUGACUGGUGGCAGCAGCUCAUCAGGGAGCGGCGGUGUGACUCUUAAGAAUAUGACAAAACGUUUCAAUGACAUCAUAGCGGAACAGGACGAGCAGCUGAGGAUAAGCGCCAAAAUACUGACAGAGGACAUGAAAUACUUUACUCAAAUAGCAAAGAAAAAGGUUAAAACUAUCCAAGAGAAGCGUCGUCAGAAGCAGCAGCUGCCAUCAACGACUAACCUGAUCCAGUGUGUGAAUCAGGGGGCGGGGUCAGAAAUACUCACCCAUUACAAGGAGAAAUGGAACCAUAUUCACAGCGACACUAACGCCUCCUCUGCUCUCUGUGACGAGAUGUAUCAGAGUCUUCAAAAACUGUACGGGUCUAUGUCUAACUCUCACCAUAUCAUCACCAUGGCAACGGAGGAGUUAAGUGGACUUCCUGACGUAUUGAAGAAUAUUGAAGAGACAAGCAAUAAAAUUGGUUCGAUUGAAGAAAUGCUGCGGAAAGUUGAGGAGAGUAUUGUAGAGUGUAUCAGAACAGGAGAAGUACUUGAGACCGAGCGAAAGAAACACUCUUUGAAGUUACAGCUGAAGAGACACAAGGAGGAGAAAGAGAGAGAAGUUCAGAAGUUGGAGGCUCGUGUUCAAGAGGAGAAGAGUCUGACUUUGGAAAGACAAGCAAAACUGGAGGAGGCAGCCCACAGGGAAAGACAAGAAGCUCUUGAUACUAUGUUCAAGCAGCAGAUGUCAGAAUACAUUGAGAAAGGUUCUGUAGAGAAGCCUAUUCUAUCGGACGAUGAGCUAAGGGACCGGAGCCUAUCGGAACUAUCAGUGGAGAGAGUUAACAUUGAGGACACUGAGGGAGACGAGGAACUUAAAGAGUUUUUGAGUGACACUGAAGGCACUAAUGAAGAGACUAAAGAGAAGCAGGAGGAGGAGGAGGAGAACUGAGAGAAUCAAUUUAAUUAUAAUUCUAUAAAUUUUUGUGUGUCUUUCGUUCAUAAUUUUUUUGCUAGCUAAUUAA